CGUGUAGCUAGUUGGAGCUUUCUGACUAGAUCUGUUGUCUCCAUUCCCCAUUACUGAGAUAUUAGUAUUCCUUUUUACAUUUAAGGAAACAGGUUUAGAGAAGCUAAGUGAUUUGUCCAAUAAUAAAAUAAUAGCUUCGUUGGUUAGAGCGUCCUGCCAAGGUUGUGGGCUCCAUCCUCAGGGUGUAUACAAGAAUCAACCAAUGAAUGCGAAGGUGGAACAACAAUCCGAUGUUUCUCUAUCUCUCCCUCCCUCUCUCUAAAGUCAGUGAAUUUAAAAAAAGGUAAUAAAUUAAGUUUGCUUAAACAUUAAGAGACCCCCUAGGAGGUAUGUGCUGGCCCUGCAGAUAGAACUGAACAGGGCGAGGGCCAGGCUCUCUAAGAGCUUCCAACAUAGUGGAGGAAACUGACAAAGGAACUAUUUAGUGAGCUGUUGUGGGGGUUGUGUAUAUAGAUGUGAUGUCUGCGGGAAGGAGGGAAUCAAAAGGAGAAGUAAGACAGAUAUAGGAGGAAAAUGGAGCUAAACUCAUUGGCUUUGAAUUCCUUUUCCAUCAAUCUCUAACUUUGUGGCAUUAGGUAACUUACUUAACCUAAUCGGCCCAUUUCUUCAUCAGUGAAGUAGGAUAAUAAUGGUACCUACCUCAGUAGGGUUCCUGUAUUCACUUUUAUUUACUUAUUAAUAUUUUUUAUUUCAGAGAGGAAAGGAGAGGGGGAGAGAGAAACAUCAGUGAUGAGAGAAUCAUCGAUCAGCUGCCUCCUGUACGCCCCACACUGGGGAUGGAGCCUGAAACCCCGGCAUGUACCCUGACCAGGAAUCAACCUUGAACUCCUGAUUGAUAGGGUGAAGGCCAUGCCGCCCCCUGGGAAAGUUCCCCGAAAGGAGAACCUGGGGCUACAGUGUGAGUGGGGGUCCUGCUCCUUUGUGUGCUCAGCCAUGGAGGAGUUCUGCGAGCAUGUCACUCAGCACCUGCAGAAGCACCUGCACAGCUCGGGGGAGGAGGAGGAGGAAGAGGAGGAGGACUUGCUGGAGGAAGAAUUCUCCUGCUUAUGGCAGGAGUGUGGCUUUUGUUCUCUGGACAGUUCUGCUGACCUUGUCCGCCACGUCUACUUCCACUGCUACCACACGAAGCUGAAGCAGUGGGGGCUGCAGGCCCUGCAGAGCCAGGCCGACCUCAGCCCUUGCAUCCUGGACUUCCACAGCCGCAACAUCAUCCCUGACAUCCCUGACCACUUCCUGUGUCUGUGGGAGCACUGUGAGAGCGCCUUCGACAAUCCUGAGUGGUUCUACCGGCACGUGGAAGCGCAUAGCCUGUGCUGUGAAUACAAAGCCGUGGGCAAGGACAACCACGUGGUGCUGUGUGGCUGGAAAGGCUGUACCUGUACCUUUAAGGACCACUGUAAGCUUCGCGAGCACCUCCGCAGCCACACCCAGGAGAAGGUGGCGGCCUGCCCCACCUGCGGGGGCAUGUUUGCCAACAACACCAAGUUCUUAGACCACAUCCGUCGCCAGACCUCACUGGAUCAGCAACGCUUCCAGUGCUCUCACUGCUCCAAGAGGUUUGCCACUGAGAGGCUGUUGCGGGACCACAUGCGUAACCAUGUGAACCACUACAAGUGCCCUCUGUGCGAUAUGACCUGUCCCCUGCCAUCCUCCCUCCGCAACCACAUGCGCUUUCGCCACAGCGAGGACCGGCCCUUUAAAUGCGACUGUUGUGACUACAGCUGCAAGAAUCUGAUCGACCUCCGGAAGCACCUGGAUACCCAUAGCAAGGAGCCAGCCUACAGGUGUGAUUUUGAGAACUGCAACUUCAGCGCCCGAGCCCUCUGCUCCGUCAAGUCCCAUUACCGGAAAGUGCAUGAAGGUUACUCAGAGCCAAGGUACAAAUGCCACGUGUGUGACAAAUGCUUCACCAGGGGUAACAACCUCACCGUACAUCUUCGCAAGAAGCACCAGUUCAAGUGGCCCUCAGGGCACCCCCGUUUCCGGUACAAGGAGCAUGAGGACGGCUACAUGCGGCUGCAGCUGGUUCGCUAUGAAAGUGUGGAACUGACACAGCAACUGCUGCGGCAACCACAGGAAGGCUCGGACCUGGGAGCGGCCCUGAACGAGAGCAGCCUACAGAGCAUCAUUCUAGAAACAGUACCCGGGGAGUCAGGGCCCCAGCACGAGGCGGAAGAGGAGGGCCGAGGUGGGGAGGACAGCCUCUCAGCCUCUCAGGACACCCCCAGUCCUGUCAUCCAUGUGGUGAAUCAGGCCAAUGCCCAGGAGAUUGUCUACUAUGUGCUGUCCAAAGCCCCGGGAGAGUCCCCCGCCAGCCCCUGAGUCCCCCCCAGGGGCAUCAUGGAGAAGCUUCAGGGAGUGGCUGGGAACCAGAAGUCCGGGUGGUCUGAAGGCGGUCGAGCAGCAACAUUCCUGGCCAGGCUGGGUUUGAGCCAGGCUGGUGGCAGUGCCCCUUGGGGCAGUCCUUGCCAGUGGGUGCCUUUUGGCGGGUGCUAGGAAUAUUGUGGUCCACUCAGGAUCUGGCUUGCAUCAGUCAGCAGACUCUAAGGACUUGCCUUUUCUGCCACACCAUGCUUUUGUGGAGACCCUGAGGAGUAGGGACUCUGAGGUGGAUAGCCUGGUUGUGUAUGUCUUCUCGUAGAGGGAGCUAGUAUCAGGCUCAACCAUGACUCCUAGACAUGCUGGAGCAGUGAUGAAAAUCCUUAGCUGGCACCCACUCCCAUCUUAGGGUUUCUCGGGCCCAAGGAUGACCUGGAUCUAGUCCCUGCUGUGGCCCUUCCUUUCACCCACCCAGCCGAGGCUGUGUCCCAGGAGCCACUUCCCUCCAAACGAUUCUUCCUGCCACCCAAGGACUCCGCGUCACUCUCAGGGCCGGGGCGGGGCAGUGUGUGUAGUGCUUGUGUUGGUAAUAAAUGCGUCUGCUGUUAGUCUU